UGGCAACGUAAAAUAUCCGGUUGUAGAUCUUGAUUCUGCACUUGGGGCGGUGACGAGAGAGAAAAAUGGGAUCUCUCGGCAACGCCAUUUUUUCUUUAUCAUCCUUCAAAACUCCACCGGACAAUGAUGUCUCGUCACGGAAGAGAAAAACCAAGAAAUCUGCGUGUAAGUGUAAUCUCACCAUGGUUUCUAAGAACUCCUUCAAAUUGACCAAAAUCUCUUGCCAAUUGUCUGAGAGUGGCAUUGAAGAAAUACACACAAUCGAUGGAGUUUCAAGCACCAAGAACAGAAUGGAAGAGUACAACAUAGCUAUGAAGAGCAUGAUGAGGAACCCCUAUGAGUAUCACCAUGAUCUGGGCAUGAACUACACACUGAUAACCGAUAAUUUGAUUGUGGGUUCCCAGCCUCAGAAAGCAGAAGACAUAGAUCAUCUGAAACAAGAGGAAAACAUAGCCUACAUUCUUAACUUGCAGCAGGACAAAGAUAUCGAAUAUUGGGGAAUAGACUUGCAAUCUAUAACAAGAAGAUGCAGAGAACUUGAAAUUCGGCACAUGAGAAGGCCCGCAAGAGACUUUGAUCCCGAUUCCUUGAGAAGUGGAUUACCGAAAGCUGUUUCGUCUUUAGAGUGGGCCAUUUCAGAGGGGAAAGGAAAAGUGUAUGUGCAUUGUACAGCUGGAUUGGGAAGAGCUCCAGCUGUCGCAAUCGCUUACAUGUUCUGGUUUUGUGGCAUGAAUCUGAAUACAGCAUAUAAUUCACUUACUGCAAAAAGACCCUGUGGACCCAAUAGAAAAGCAAUACGUGGAGCUACUUAUGAUUUGGCUAAGAAUGAUCCCUGGAAGGAGCCUUUUGAGAGUCUUCCAGAACAUGCUUUUGGGAAUGUAGCAGAUUGGGAGAGGGAAUUGAUUCAGGAUCGUGUCCGCUCCCUCCGUGGAACUUGAGAAUACUGAAAUUCUUAGUGGAAUGGUGGGAAUCUGGAGGGCAACUUAUGAACUACAGGGCCGGAACAGGGGAGAGUUGGGCAUACCAAUGCACAAAGCUGAAUGUCUUUGAAGCACACCCAUACUAUACAUUCAAGCUCAUACUGUUCUGUUCGUUCAUCUUCUUCUAAAAUAAGGAUAAUUAUAGCACUGUUAAUAUUUAUACAACAGUUGCAUACUCAUGAAUAAAUUUAUGAGGCCUAGUGGGCAUUGGGCUUGAAGCCAUUUGUUGGUUGUAAAAGCUAAUACCUAAUUGAUGAGAUUUCCACAAUUAAGAGACUACUAACAAUUUUUUGUCA